AUGUGUAAAAAUAUCAGGAAUAUAUGUAUAAUAGCUCAUGUUGACCAUGGAAAAACAACUUUAGCGGAUUAUCUUCUUGCUAGCAACAAUAUACUAUCAAACAAAUCAGCAGGAACAAUACGUUAUUUAGACUCCAGAGAAGAUGAACAGUACAGAUUAAUUACAAUGAAAUCAUCAGCUGUCACAUUAAACUUUAAAUACGAGGAGGAAAUUAAGCUUGAAGCAGAAGAUGGUAAUUAUCUAAUCAAUUUGAUAGAUUCACCUGGGCAUGUUGAUUUUAUUUAUGAAGUAAUUUCCUCUUUAAGAAUUUCAGAUGGAGCUUUGCUAUUGGUAGAUGUAGCUGAAGGAAUUGGGGAUCAAACAAGAAAGGUUUUACAACACGCUUUUAAAGAGAGACUGAAGAUUAUUUUAGUAUUAAAUAAGAUGGACAGACUUAUUCUGGAAUUGGGAUUUGAUGUAAAAGAAGCAUAUACUCAUAUUACUAAGCUGAUUGAACAGAUUAAUGUAGUUGUUCACCAGCUAAUUCAAGAGGAAAUUCAUGAGUUAAUGCUAGAGGAUAUUGAAAUUGAUGAACAAUACCAAGAUGAAAGAGAGAAAACUUUAGAAUUUUCAUUUUCUAAUGGUAAUAUUGUAUUCACAUCAUGUUUACAUGGUUGGUGUUUAGAUAUUACUGGGGGAAAUAUGCUUAAAAGUAUAUCAGCAAAAUUGGAUCUACCUUGGAAUUCAAAGACUAGAAGUAAUUUACAGAAAGCUAUUAGUUCAAACUUUUACUAUAAUAGUAAAACUAAAAAAGUUUCUAACACUGGAUUUAAGAAGGAUCAACCAACAAUGAUGGAACAAUUUAUUUUGGAUCCAAUUUGGAACAUUUAUCAAAACAUAUUCAUUAACUUUAAUCAUGAAAAGAUAAGAAAAAUUAUUCAAGUUUUGGGAAUAUAUUCAACUGAGAUUGAAUGCCAUAUUAAUGAAUAUUUAAAGAUACAUGAUUUAAAUAAUGCAAAGAACUCAAACUUAUUGGCAUUGAUUUGCAAAAACAUUAUGGGAAACUGGCUUCCUUUGUCAAAAAGUAUUUUUGAAAGAGUAAUUAAUUAUAUACCAGAUCCUAAUACAUCUAAUCAAUUAAGAUUUCCAUCUAUAUAUACAGAGUUAAUUUCUUCAAAAGGAGAUUAUCAAAAAUAUGAGGAUCUUAAUAUAAUUUUUAUUUCAAAAUUCUCAGCAUGUGAUUUGACUAAUAAUAGGCUAACAAAAGAUAGGUUAAAAGGUAAUGAGGAGUUAAAUGGCUUUGUUGGUAUAUCCAGAGUUUUUAAUGGUAAUAUCAGAAUUGGAGACAUAUUGUAUAUGUCGAAUUACUUCAAUAAUAAAGAUAAAAAUAACAACAAAAUUAAAGUUAUAUCGUUAUUUUAUCUUCUUGGAAGUGAUUUAAUUCCUGUGGAACAAGUACAGAAUGGUCAUAUAUUUGCCUUAUGUAUUCAAGAGUUAUAUUCUGAAACUGACAUUCAAAACAAUGAAGUGAUUAUUGGAAGAAUAUCUUCAUUAGACCGAACUUUAACCCUCUCUAAUUAUCCAAAUUUUCCUGCAUUCAAUCCAUUGUAUAAAUCAAAUACCAACUCUUCACUAUCCUCAAUUAUUAAAGUUUCCAUUGAGCCAAAGAAAAUUCAGGAUCUUCCUUUAAUGUUAAGAGGGCUUGAAUUAUUAUCAAGAUCAGAUCCUUGUGUUGAAAUUGAUACGUUAGACACUGGUGAGUAUAUUCUUGGAUGUCAUGGUGAAGUUCAUCUAGAAAGGUGUAUUUCGGAUUUACAAUUUGUGUUUGCCCAAAUACCUUUAUCUAUUUCAAAGCCACUAAUUGCUAUUAGAGAAGGUUUGGUAAGCCAUGUUAACUCUAACCAAAUUCAUCAAAACUUUUGCCCUCAUAUACCAUUUCCACCUUGGAGUAAAAGUAUAAUUAGUCAAAACAAGGAAGAAGAAAUUAGUGUUCAAAAUAAUGAAUUUCAUCAUCAAGUUGAAAAAGAGAAAGAACAAGAUGAAAAUAUUGCAAAAAUACCAUGCGAGUUAGCUAGUAUUAAAAUUAAUGCAAUUCCAAUGAACCAUAAUCUGAUCGAUUAUAUUGAAAAAAACCAAUCUUCUAUACUUGAAAUUAUUAAUCCGUCGAAUAUCACAAACGAUUCUUUCAAGUAUAUAGAUAAAUUGGAUGAGAUCAACAGAAUACUUUUAAGUAAACAUACUUUAAAUCCUAACAAUGAUUCAAUUGAAUUGGAUGAUCAUCAAGAUUUAGUAUUGAUUGGAAUUUGUGUUAAAAAGGGUAGUAUUACACUUUUAACGAGUAAUGAAAAGAAUUUAAAGGCUUUGAAAUGGUCUCUGAAAUAUACAUAUAAUUAUAAUUAUUAUCCAGAAGUAUCCAGUCCAAUAUAUAAGGAUAUUAUUGAUUUGUAUAGGAAAGUUAUUAAUGGAAUUAUUACUGGAUAUGAAAUCGCAAGUAAAUCAGGCCCUCUUUGUGAAGAACCUAUAAGAGGUGUUAAUUUUAUAUUGAAUGAGUUAGUUUUAGAUAAUUUUGAUAUGAAACAAUUAUUAGAAGCUGAAAACUCAGAAAAUCAAGACUUUAAUUCAUACUUGAACAAUAUUCAGAAAUCAAUUAGUUUAAUAUCAAACCAAUUAACUACAACAACCAAAGAGUUAUGUAGAAGAGUAUUCCUUCAAAGAGGAAACGUCCGAAUUUAUGAGAUAUAUUUAAAUCUUGUUAUUUAUUGUGAGCAAAGUGUACUGGGAAAAGUUUAUAGCGUUAUUAAUAAAAGAAGAGGAAAUGUUUAUAAUGAAGAGCUUAAAGAAGGUACUUCUACUUUUAAAAUUGAAGCAUAUAUACCAAUAAUAGAAUCACUGGGAAUUAGUCAAGAGUUGAGAAGUAAAGCAAGUGGUAAUAUUUCAUUUAAUUUAUCAUUUUCACAUUGGGAAUUGUUGGAUGAGGAUCCUUUCCCAGAAUCAAGUAUGACAAUGGAAGAGUUUGAAGAUGAAGGGUUUUCAAAAGUUAAUCUUUUAAUUUCAGACAGUAAUAAAUAUGAUUAUAGUAUACAAUUAAACUUUGACAGAGAAACAUCUAAUAUAAACGAAAAUAAUAAUAGUUUGAUUGGAAAAACUUCUAUGGGGUUAAAUUCUAGCAGUAAUGAUGAUGAAUCUGGUAAUAAUAGAAAUAAUUCUAACUGUUACGGUAAUAAUACAAAUAUUGCAAGAAUGAUUAUAAAUUCAAUAAGACAAAGAAAGGGAUUACCUACUCAACACAAAAUAGUCAUGGCAGCUGAAAAACAAAGAACAUUAAAUAAAAAAAAAUAA